UCAGACUGCUGAUCCCUUUCCUUCUUACACUUGUUGGGUCAAUUUGGCCAUAUCAGCAAGUUCUAUCACCUUCACCAACCAUCCCUUCAUUCGCUUUCCAACAGAAGACCAUCUGAUGAUCCACAGUCACAAACAUGAAAUGACUUUGAAGUUUCCUUCACUAAAAACAGACAACAUGUUAUCAGACCAAACUCCAACACCAACCCGGUUCUUAAAAAACUGUGAGGAAGUGGGACUCUUCAGUGAGAUAGACUGCAGCUUAGAGCAGGAGUUUAGAAAGGCACAAGAAGAGGACAACAAUAAAACGAGGAGAAGAAAAAAAAUCAUCGAAAUUCUUAAGGAAGGAAUGGAAAGUCCCUGUACUUAUCUAAAUAACAAGAUGGCUCUGAAUAUUCCAAUGCAUAACCGUGUGGGAGAUGCUAUGGCAGCACCAGGGGUGCACCAGCUCUCUAAUCCCAGGAUGCCAAACCACGACACCAGCAUUGUGAUUCAACAAGCCAUGCCGUCACCACAAUCAAGUUCAGUCAUAACACAAGCACCUUCAACAAAUCGGCAGAUUGGGCCUGUCCCAGGCUCCUUAUCAUCACUGCUACAUCUGCACAACCGUCAAAGACAGCCCAUGCCUGCCUCUAUGCCUGGGACUUUACCUAAUCCUACAAUGCCUGGAUCCUCUGCUGUCUUGAUGCCAAUGGAAAGACAGAUGUCUAUGAACUCAAGUAUCAUGGGAAUGCAAAGUCCAAACCUCAAUAAUCCAUGUGCUUCACCUCAAGUUGCUCCAAUGCAUUCAGAAGCUAAAAUGAGGCUGAAAGCAGCUUUGACUCAUAUUCCUGCGGGCAUCUCCAAUGGAAAUAUGAACACCAUGGGUCAUAUGAUGGAAAUGAUGAGCUCUCGACAAGACCAACCAGCCCACCAUCAUAUGCACUCACAUCCACAUCAACACCAGACCCUUCCACCCCAUCACCCAUACCCCCAUCAGCAUCAACACCCAGCACAUCAUUCUCAUCCUCAUCCUCAUCACCAGCACCCACACCAUCAUUCUCAUUCACAUCUUCAGGCUCACCCAGCACAUCAUCAGACUUCGCCACAUCCGCCACUGCAUACAGGCGGGCAAGCACAGGUAUCAUCAGCAGCUCAACAAAUGCAAGCCACACAGAGCCUACAACCACCACAGCCAACUGGUGGUCGUCGAAGAAGAGUGGUGGAUGAAGAUCCAGAUGAACGACGGAGGAAAUUUCUGGAACGAAAUCGAGCAGCUGCCACACGGUGCAGACAGAAGAGGAAAGUUUGGGUGAUGUCACUGGAAAAGAAAGCAGAAGAACUCACCCAAACAAAUAUGCAACUUCAGAAUGAGGUUUCCAUGUUGAAAAAUGAGGUAGCGCAGCUGAAACAGUUGCUGUUAACCCAUAAAGACUGUCCCAUAACAGCCAUGCAGAAAGAAUCACAAGGAUACCUAAGUCCUGAAAAUAGUCCUCCUUCCAGUCCUGGUCCAACCUGCUCGCAGAAACAAGUCAUUCAGCAGAAUACCAUUACUACUUCCUCUGCCGUCGGUGAUGUUGGAGGCUCCACACUCAGCCAGCUUGCAAGCCAUCCAAAAGACAUGAACCCAGUCCUUUAAAACUGAGUCUUCAAAUAACUGUUACGAUAAAUAUGAUAGCCUAUCAGGUUUCUUUUCUGUUAAAGGCAUUACCUUCUCCACAUUAUUUCUGAUCUGAAGGACUCAUCCCCAAAAGACUUAUGAGUUUGAUUUUUUUAGUUAUUAAAACAUUGUUUAUGCUUAGUAAUAAUAAAGGGAUUUAUGCAAUGAUUAUGCUAUCAGCUUGGGAGAUGCUUGGUGCUUUCUGUAAUUUUCUGGUACCAGAUUCUUCUACAUUUUUUUUUGUAACCAAAUUAUUUCUGUAAAUAGCCAUGUUCCUUCUUAUCAUUGCUGGUUGGCACUACUGAAGCAUCUUAUAACAGUAUCAUUAGCCAAAAACUGAAGCUUAAAAAUAUGAAACAGCCAUUCACUUGUUGACAGUGCAAUAAGGACAUGGUUUUUCAGUACCAUUAAACUCUCAAUCAUUCUUACAGCUUUGCAAAUCAUUAUUCUGCUUUGAAAAUGUUUCUAUAUCUGUUGGAGUUACAGCCUAGUGGUUCUACUCUCAGUUUAUGUUCUCUUUUCCUGAGCUAUUGGGAGUGAUUAUGAAAUAGUUUUAAAAUAUUCAAUAUUUCUGAAAUUUUCUUAAAGGAGGAGGUGAAACCCAAUUUUUCUCAGCCUAGCUUUUUUUAGAAAAGGGUUUGAAUGUGGGCAGAAAUAAUGUGCCUCUCUGGAGAUUAUUUUUAAUAUCAUAAGCCUUUCGCUUACCAAAUAGUUAUGGUUUUUUACCAUCAGGAUACUCAUGUAAAAGUGGAACAUUCAUGCAAACAUGAAAUGUUUAAAUUGGGUAUGAGUUUUGAGUUUCUGUAGUUUUCUGUUUCUUCCUUUUUGUGACCUUCCUCUGCACUUUUCUAUUUCCCUUAUAGACUAGGUAGUUGUAAGUCUUCUUUCUACAAAAUCUUUAUGGUAUUUCAUACUAAAACUCUUGCUUUUUGCUGCUUGCACAGUUUCUAAGUAAUGUUGAAGACGCAUUGACGUUGAUGAAAAGCUUUGCAGAUUCACCAGCUAUUUUCUCAGAAGUACUUAGUAGUUCACACUUUUCAGCAGCCUCUUCUCCACAGCUUUGUGGAGGUUUUAUUUUCUAUGAAACACUUUUUAAUGGUUUUACUAAACAGUAAAGGUUGAAAUGAGAUUUACCUCUGGUAAAGCUACUAAUGGUAUCAUGGUGCUAAUGGAAAGAAACCCUGUAAAAUUGUUGCUAUCAGAAUCCAUAGCACUGAGAAGUAUAUGCUUUUUGUUAACAAGAAAAAUGGCUAUCAUUUGUAGGGAUUGUAGCUGCACCAAGUCACUAAUUUAGUGACUAAGAUUGUCACCGAAUUCAGUUCACCCAAUAUCUCAUAUGGUUGGUUGGUUGGUUUUGGUUUAAUAUUAUCUGUAAACCCAGCCGUUAAGUCUUGUAAGAAAUAAUUUAGCACAAAAUAUUGUGUAAAUCCGGUUGGUUUUGGUUCAUUGAAUAAACUAUGAUCUUACAAAUAAGUAUUUGAAAGUAACAAAGGAAACCACACAGAACAAUCUACUUACACCUAAGUAACUUUGGAUAAACAAAUUGUGCAGGCCAUGUUGUCACAUGUGUAGCCUAAGAGCAGGUAAUAGCAUGGGAGAGCAGAGGAAGGAGAUUCUUAUUCUCAUACCCUGCAUCUAAUUAGUUUGUGAAAGAAGGUGCUUUAAAAAUCAGUAACUGGGAAAUGGCAUUUCUUAUGAGAUCAUAAUUAGGUCUUCUUUAUGGUAUAAGGUUCAAAGUUUUAACAUCUUUCCAGCUAAAACUAUUCAUUCAAACAAAAUUACACCAACUCAGAAUUAAGAAUUGAAUAAUUUCCCAAAAUUACAGAUUCGGUCCAAAACAAAAGCUAUCCUUAAGAAUCGCUGGAGAUCAAUCUAGAUACCUAUUUUAUAAGGUAGUUUUCAGUGUUAUUAAGAGGGCGCAGUUCCAAAUAAGUUUUCUCCAAAAAGUUUUUUUUUAAAAUCAUCCAAGCGAAUUUCAAGUCAUGAAAUUACUCAAAAACUUGUCCUUGUUAAUAAUACCAAAGCUAUAUUAUAUCUGACUCAAGUUGAGAAUAUGCAUUUUGAACAGUUUAAAUUCCAGAUAAACUGGUUACUUGCAUAUCCUUCUAAAAUAUUAUAUUUUUUAAAAAAAAUGCAUUUUGGGGAAAAAUUGCAUUUUUGCUGAAACUAAUCAAUAUUUUAGCAGCUAGGAAAAACACAAAUACUGCUGCUCUUUUAAAUCUGCUUUUUCCUUUUAUAAGAGUUUGCAAUUAAAACAUUACAGUAUAAUGUUUAUUUGUUAGUAUUUUACGUAUACUAACAGAUACAACUGAUACAAACAUAUUUUACAGCACAAUGAAGGUGCUGAAAAAUUCAAGGAAAUUUUCAAUAUGAACUAAACAUGUUUGAAAAUUACUGGGAUGUGGUAUUUUUUUGUUUUGUUAAAGAUUUAA